CGUCCGGAUGCCUUUGUGAUUGAGAGGACCACUGACGGUGGGCAGACCUGGGAGCCUGCCCGCUACAUGGCCACCGACUGCUACUCAAGCUUCCCUCAGGCGGACAGGAACAAGCCCCAGAACCUGGGGGACGUCUCCUGUUUCACACUCGCCCCGGCCCCCUCGAACCCAUACCUGGACCAGAAGAUCCAUUUCAGUCCCCUUCGGCAGUAUUCUGAGCUUAACUACCCCAACAGCUAUAAAAUUGAAACUGUGUCUGGCUUCAACGGCCUCCGGAUCAACCUGACCCAAUUUGGGCAGGUGCCCAAAAUGCCCGGCCGCUCUCUCAGCCGCUACUUCGCCCUCAGGGAGAUGAGAGUGAUUGGUACCUGCUUCUGCCACGGCCAUGCCAGCCGCUGCCUGCCUGUCACCAACAGCAACCAGCUGCCCAACACACAGAUCAAUGACAGGUGUGAGUGCCAACACAACACUGUAGGCAUGAACUGUGAACGCUGUGCUGACCUGUUCAACGACCUGCCCUGGAGACCAGCUGAGGACAGCAUGCCUAACAUCUGUCAACGCUGUGAUUGUAAUAACCACGCCCAACGCUGCCGCUUUGACCCGGUCCGUUUUGAGGCCACUGUCAGGAAGAGUGGAGGUGUGUGUGAGACUUGUCUGCAUCACACCACCGGACCCAACUGUGAGCGCUGUGCCCCCAACUACUACCUCAACCCCAACAGCCGCAUUGACCGACCCGAUGCCUGCCUCCAUUGCAGCUGCAAUCCAGCAGGGACUGAGGAUGGAGGCCAGUGUGAUCCCAAUACCGGGGCCUGCCGCUGCAAGGCCAAUGUGGAGGGACCCAACUGUGACCGCUGCAAGAGUGGAUACUACGGCCUGAGUGCCAGCAACUCGUUGGGCUGCUCCAAGUGCAACUGUGCGGUUGCGGGUUCCCUCCGUGGUUCCUGUGAUCAGGUGACGGGUCAGUGCCGGUGCCAGCCCAACGUCCAGGGCCAGAACUGCGACCGUUGCGCUUCAGGCUUCUGGAACCCCAGCGACCCCAGAGGCUGCCAACCUUGUGCCUGCCACCCUACUAACGCAAUCGGAGCCACCUGUGACAAGCUGACUGGUCAAUGCCAGUGCCGAUCUGGUUUUGCCGGCCUCACCUGCUCAGGUUGCCCAGACUUCAGCUACGGCGAUCCACUCAGAGGCUGCCGAGCCUGCCAGUGUGACCCCCUUGGCACUGCCAGCUGUGAGCAGAGCACCGGUGCGUGUUUGUGCCGACCGGGGGUGACCGGCGAGCGUUGUGAUUCCUGCAGCCGCGGCCACUGCGACAGCUUCCCCAAGUGCCCCACCUGCCCCUCCUGCUUCCUCAGCCUGGAUGCCCAGCUCAGCAACCUCUCCUUGUUCGUACAGCAACUCUCCUCCAACCUCUCACUUCCCGGCGGGGGCUCCGGGCCAGUCCCGGGGCACAUGGGCCAGCGCUUCAGCACUCUGGAGGACUCCCUGCGGGGGAUUCGUGAGCAGCUGGUCCUCCCAGCCCCCUCCAUAGCCAAACUGGACCAGGCGCUUGGAGAACUGGGCAGACUCAGGGAGCAGUCAGAUCGUCUGGAUGGGUACCUCUGGGCGCCCUGGCAGAGCACCAACCUCCAGCCCCAACUGGAGGAGCUCCAGCAUCUGCUGGAUAGCCUGGCCGUCCUCCAUAACGCCAAGAAGAAUGCCCUCCUGAACUCUGUCACUGCCAACAACAAAGGUGCUUUUGAUGCCAUUAAGAAGGCCUAUGAGGAAUCUAACGAUGCUGUGAAGCAAGCUGAAGCCACAGGCAAGACGGUGGAUGAGUCAUCUGGCCUGCGGCAAAAUGCUCUGGACAUGCAGAACAGGGUCCAACCAGACAACACGAAAGUCCUGGACAAACUGGAGAACCAGCUGGCCACUAAGCCCAAUCUCACACCAACCGCGGUCCAGGUGUGUGGAAGCACUCGAACCGACCCCUGCACCCCAGAGCAGUGUGAUGGCGAGCUGUGCUCUCCCGACGCUGCCUUAUCCUGCCUGCAGGGGGCGACGUGCGUGGGUGCUCUCCCUACUGGAGGCAAGGCUCAGAGGGACACUGAGGAGGUGAAGGGCAAGCUACAGGAGCUCAGCCAGAACAUCACAGAGGCCAGUGCACAGAUGAAGGAAACCCAGGAGGUGGCCAAUCAGGUGCGACUGACAGCCGAUGAGCAGAGCAAUCAGAUCAGAAAGGCUCGUGAUGAGCUGGAAGCGGAUUUGCAGGAGACCAGAGAUUUUAUGAGGCAGCUGAAAGAGUUUCUAUCUGACCCCAGAACAGAUCCUAACCACAUUAAGGAGGUGAGUGAGGAGAUCCUGAACGCUAAGCUUCCUCUCAGCCGGGACGCCCUGAAAAGGAAGCUGGAAGAGCUCCAGAGUCUGGCUGAUGGCCUGUCCAACAAUUCCAAUGUUCUGGAGGAGAGCCAACACCAGCUGGACCAGGCCGAGAAGCUUCUGGAGAGGGGCGAACUUAGUGAGACGAAAGCUGCGCUGCAGCAGUACUUGGACCGCAUGGUGGACGGGAUGGAGGAUUUGGAGAAGACUUUGGAGGAGUUGGAGGAGAGAUACAUGGCGACUGAGCCCAUCCGUCAAGGCUUCAACCCCGCAAAUGUUGAACCUGAAUUGGAUGCAGCUGAUGGCACCCUGCAGGAGGUGGAGGACACAGUUGGCACCAGGAUCCCCGAGGAAAUGAAUAACCUGAAGGAUCAGCUCGAGGACAAUGACGAACUGGCACAAACAGUUCUUUUAGUCGCACUGGAGGCUCAGACUGCGGCUGAUGGCAUCACUGAGGACCUUGUGGCUUUGGAGGACCAACUAGAGAAGCUGAGAAAAGCAGGUGAGGAUGCUGGGGACGCAGGCGAGGCAGGCGAGACCCUGGGGAAGCUCAAGGACGAUGCCGCCAAGCUGCUACUGGACACGGCAGACAUCAUGCAGACCUUAGAUGAAAAAGAGUCUUCCAUCAAACAGGCUGUGGAUGAAUUCAACCAGAAGUCCUUACUGCUGGCUGGGCUGGACACUAAGCUCCAGGAGCUUGUUAAAGACAUCCAACAGAAGGCCCACUUUCACAGCAGUUGUAUAGGAUAAGCUCCACCUCAUCAGCCAUUCCCCGCCACCUUUGGUUGGGUGGGUUGUUUGCAACUAGAUGGGUGGGUUGUUUGCCACUAGAUGGCGCCCUUUUGCACACCUACACUCCUCUGCCUCUCCCGUGUUGUCAUUUUACCAUUUUACCAAUUUUAAACUUUUAUACCAUUUAUAAUGAAUAGUGUUAUUGGUUAUUUAUAUCACCAGGGUUUGUUGUGAAACUCUCUGGAAAUACUCACUGAAAAAUAUUCACCAGUUACCUUUUUCAGUACUAUUUUUGCCACUUUAAACGACCACUGAAACAGCAUUCAGGCGUCACCUACAGUAUUUGUUAUUUUUAUACAUCCUGGGAAUCAUUCUAAUUCUGUAUAUGAAAUCUGUAAUGAACCUCUUGUGAACCACACAAUAAAUUGUUUAUUAAGUCAGAUAUUAGUGUCAUGUUUAAUGUCUAAGAUGCCUAUGAUAUGACUUAUUUGUUUGACUGUGAUUUUGUUUUGUUUACUGGUUACACAUCACUUAAUUUAAACAUUCUGCUUUUAUGGCAUUUAUUCUUGAGACCUGUUAUAGGUGAUUCACUAAUGUCCGACUCCUAACCCAUUAGUAUACCCACUUAGUCAUGUCUUUGAAUGUAUUGAAGGGUAUGGUCAUUACAUUUAGCUUGAGGUAAAGCAAGCCAAAAAGCAAUACACACACACAGUGCUCUAUUGUGAGAGAGAGAGGAUAGUGCUCUAU